ACUAUAGUGAAAUGUCAAUAUGUAAUCAUACGGAGAAGUUCCAAAAUCGUGUUAGUUUUUUGGAAGUCGACUUUCUUAGCUCAUCAAAUUGUAUUAGAAAAAAUUGGAAAAUAUGUUAAUUUAAUCGUGUGUUCUUACAAAGAAAGCGUCAACGAAUCCUGUAUAGCGUAUUCAUUUCUAUAACGGAUAAUACUAUCGAAUCACGACUGAAAAAAAGAUGUUUAGGUCGAUUACAUCACGGGCCACUCAGCUCAUAUUUAACAAUUGCCUCGUCAAAACCAGUUUGGUAGAUGUUAUUAGCAUCAGCACUAGGUGGCAUGCUGUUCCUCUUCAGCAAGCGCGUUUGAUUCAGAGUUUUUCCAGAAAUUUGUCAACAUCGCAGCCGAAAUUACAAAGUGAAGAAGUCCAAGUCACUUUCGUUCGCUCUAAUGGAGAACGUAUUAAGGCAAAGGGUAAAAUUGGUGACUCACUGCUAGACGUGGUUGUUAAUAACCAGAUUGAUCUGGACGGUUUCGGUGCUUGCGAAGGAACACUGACUUGUUCUACAUGUCACUUAAUCCUGUCCAAAGCUGACUAUGAUGCUCUACCGGAAAAACCAGGUGACGAAGAGUUGGAUAUGCUGGAUCUAGCUUACGAACUAACCGAUACCUCUCGACUUGGUUGUCAAAUUGUGCUAACAAAAGAACUGAACGGCCUGGAGGUGCGAGUUCCGGCCACUAUUAACGAUGCCAGGAGUUAACCAAUGUCAACGGACUUUUUGUUGCACAUAUCAUUAAAAUAUUUGUGUUUGUACAGAUGGAAUGUAUGACUAAGAUUGAAUAUGAUGGGCUAGGUUAACUUUGAAUAACAAAGAAUAACAGUACGAUUCGUUGCAAUGUUUCAGCCAGAAGUUAAAUGGUAAACCAGUUUUCUAUUUGUCGAACAAAUAUUUUUUUUUAAAUAAAAGAAAAUAAUAGUUAAACUUUA